AUGAAAAGAGUAGACGCCGAGAAUGCCACUGUGGAGGAAGACUCCAGCCGCGAGCCCGACAAGGUGACGACCGAUGUGGGCAAGACCGACGGUAACAACUUCGACCACCAAGGUCAGAAGAGGCCGGACCCAUCGGUCCGCGAGGCGCCUCAGAUUCUGUUACAGGCCGACGACAUAAAGCGGUCGUCAAAGAACAAUCGCAGCUGUCUGUCUGUGCAAGUGGACAUUGACGACAGAAAUGAGCUGAAUGUCUCGCGUGCCUGGAGGACAUCCCAGCCAGCCGAGAAUGACCACGACGAGCAGGUAAACGUCGACGACGAAAGGCCGUACACUUUGCCUGGGCGGCAAGCGUCCCGGCGAUCUGAGGACGACCCAUGUGUGAAUUUCUACAACGUCGACGCCGGUCCCGACAUCUUGCCUCGGUUGCGCAAGUUCCGGCAAGCCAAUGAUGACCACGUUGAGAACAUGGGCGUCGGUUACAAGGAAAAACCGAGAGUAUCUCUUGAGAGGCGGACGUCCCGACAAGCCGAGGACGACGACGGCGAGAACGUGGACGAUGACGAAGGACUGAACUUAUCGCCUGGGCGGCGGGCGUUUGGGCGGGCGGACGAUGACGACAGCGAGAACGUGGGCGACGAUGAAGGACCGAACUUAUCGCCAGGGUGGCAGGCGUUUGGGCGAGCGGAGGAUGACCAUGACGAGGACGUAAACGUCGACGACGAAAAACAACCGAAUAUUUUGCUUGGGUGGCAGACGUUCUGGCAAGCUGAUCACGACCCCGGCAAGGACGUGGGCGUCGACAAACAGUCGGACAUCUUAGUAGGGCGGCUGACGGCACAGCGGGCCGGUGAAGAUGUCAAGGAAAGCGGGGACAGCGACGAGGACGCCGUCUUCGAGAUGAAGUCGUCCCAGAGUAUAACUAGGGACGCCGACGAAGACUCGACCACCAGCCAGCCGGCCACGUAUGAGAGAGCUGGGAGUGCAGAAGACGUCGACAACGGCGACCGCCUGCGAGGCCCAUUCCUGAUUCGUAAAUCAAGACAGAGUAUAAACUGUCGUCGCUCUUGCGCGGAGAAAUUCUGGAACCAGCUAUACACUGUCUGA